UAAUAUUGAUGAAUUCUGCAGUAGAUACAUUAGUAGGUUUUUCCAUUUUAUUUUUAAUUGCAUUGCGUUUUCUCCCUAGGUGAUUCCCUGUGCAUAUGUGUAGAGAGCGAUAAGGGAUUUGUUGGCAAUAUGCUUAUGCCGCUAAUUAUUAGGAUUCCAUGGCUGUUGCACACUGCGUCUGCCCUUCUCGGUGGCGAGCAGUGGGCCGCCUCUUCUAUUUUUAUCCCCCUCCUCAAUCCGGCCUUGACAGCGGGGCGAAGUCUGAGCGGUGACCCAGUCCGUCCACCGGGACUCUCGGGGUGAGUAAGAAGGCCAGCUCCAGCGCUGGCGUGCAGGUAGACAGGAACCAGCUAAUGAGCAGUCAUCUUGUUUCCUUUUAAUGAUAUUUUCACAUUCCGUGUUUCCCGUCUGCGUAUGUUGUCCCGUCAUUGGCAUUUCUCGGCAGUGAAGUCAGACCAUCAUGUAUUACCUUGUGGAGGACACACCGUAAAUAAUAAUUUCUUACAAAACGAGAUAUGUCGUCGGGGUAAUUGUCAGAGAUGAACAGAUAGAGUCCAGGGGAAGGGGGGGCGAGAGAGAGAGACUGCGUCCGGUGAUCGGUGAUUUUCAGCAUCCACGCUCAGAACAGCCGUACAAGUCCAAUUAUUAAAACGAAAGAAAAAAGGAAACAGGAAAAUAAACGCAGAGAGGGCCCUCUCCCACUCUUCCUUUCAAUGCAUAGCCCGAAAGUUUGUGCUCCAAACGCCUUUCCGACAAUCAGAUGAAUACUGAAGCGAUGAUACGUCAAGGUGUGGAAAGCGCCUAUUGCGUUCAGCCACUCGGAAAAGCGUUCGCACUGUGCCUCAGUUCACUCUACUCUGCGCUCAAGGAAGGAGCAACUGGGCUGGACUUGCAUCGACUGCAAGUUAAAUAAGCAACAGCUUUUGGAAUUUAAAUAAAGGGACACACGGGGAGAAGGGAGAGGGUUUCAGAAGACCUCCGUGAGUGCAAGGGGAGAGGUGUUAUCGCUCUUCAAAAGUGCUCAAUUUUAGCAGAAUUAAGCCGCCGCGCUGGCGGAGACAGCGGUGCACCUCUUUAACCGAAGAAUUCUUGUGUGGACUAUAGGAUUGGGAACACUGUUUCAAGAGCCGUGACAGAAUGGUCACCUGUCUAAGCAAAGCCAUGCUGUGCAGGGCAGUGGUUUCAUGCUGGGAGCCAUUCUUGAGGCUGGCCUUGAUGGCCGUCUUUGUGAGCUCUUCCCUUGGCUGCCCCGCCCGCUGCGAGUGCUCCGCCCAGAGCAAGUCAGUCAUGUGCCACCGGAAGCGGCUGCUGAGCAUUCCAGAUGGCAUUCCCAUUGAGACCCGAAUCCUUGACCUUAGCAAGAACAAGCUGCCAGCUGUCAACCCUGAUGACUUCUCCUCCUACCCCCAGCUGGAGGAGUUGGACUUGAGUGGGAACAUCAUCAGCCACGUGGAGCCUGGGGCCUUCAACAGCCUCCUCAGCCUGCACUCGCUCAGCCUCAGGGGCAACCGCAUCAAGCUCAUCCCCCUGGGCGUGUUCACCAGUCUGGCUAACCUCACCCUGCUGGACAUCAGCGACAACAAGAUCGUCAUUCUGUUAGACUACAUGUUCCAGGACCUGCACAAUCUGAACUCCCUGGAGGUUGGCGACAACGACCUGGUCUACAUCUCACACCGGGCCUUCAGCGGCCUGCUGGGCCUAGAGACACUGGCCCUGGAGCGCUGUAACCUGACGGCGGUGCCCACAGAGGCCCUAUCGCACCUGCCCAACCUGGUCAGUCUGCACAUGCGGCACCUGGACAUUGCCGCCCUGCAGCCCUACUCCUUCAAGAAGCUGUUCCGCCUCCGGCACCUGGAGAUCGACAGCUGGCCCUCGCUGGAUGCCAUCCCCAGCAAUGCCUUGCAUGGCCUCAACCUCACCACCCUCUCUGUCACCAGCACCAACCUGUCAGCCUUCCCCUAUCAGGCCCUCAGGCACAUGCCUUACCUGACGCACCUCAACCUGUCCUUCAGCCGCAUCAGGCAGGUGGAGGGGGGCCUGCUGAGGGAGCUGGUGCGCUUGCAGGAAAUCCACCUGGUCAGGGCGCAGCUGGUCUCCAUUGAGCCCUACGCCUUCCAGGGCAUCCGGUGGCUGAGGGUCCUCAACGUGUCCCACAACCACCUGGACACACUGGAGCGGGCCGCGUUUCAGGCCCCCGAGGCCCUGCAGAAGCUGCUGAUCGACAGCAACCCGCUGGUGUGCGACUGCCGCCUCAUGUGGCUCCUGCAGAGGAGGCACUCAAUUGCUUUUGGUGACACCCAGCCUGAAUGCAGCACCACGGAGGGAGUGCAUGGCCGGCCCUUCCGGGAGUUCAAGGAGUCCCUGCUCUCCUACUACAUGACCUGCACCAAGCCAAGGAUCCAGGAAAACCGGACGCAGACAGUCUUCGUGGAUGAGGGGCGGCCUGUGAGGCUGCCCUGCACGGCAGAGGGGACCCCCAGGCCCAUGGUGUCCUGGGUCACACCGCGCCGGCGCCUCCUCACCAGCAAGAACAGUGGGAGGUUCAUGGUCCAUGCCAAUGGCACACUAGAGAUCCAGGUCUUGGAGGCACACGACAGUGGGGUGUACUUGUGCGUGGCAAGCAACGCUGCAGGGAAUGAUACACUGAUGGCCUCACUGGUGGUGAGAAGCUUGGGCACGCGGGACAGAUCACUCUACGCAAACAGGACCUCUCAGCUCUCCACAGACCCUAGCAAUGCCACUGCCAAUGCCACAAAUCUCUAUAACAUGACCUUCGGCCUUGACCUAAAGACCAUUCUUGUGUCGACAGCCAUGGGCUGCUUCACAUUCCUUGGUGUGGUCUUGUUCUGCUUCCUGCUCCUGUUCGUUUGGAGCCGUGGGAAAGGGAAACACAAAAGCAACAUUGACAUCGAGUAUGUUCCGCGGUCCAAGUCCGACGGGGGGUCAACGGAUGGGGCAGAGCAAGCAGGGCCUCACCGCUUUAAUAUGAAAAUGAUCUGAGUGCUACCACGGACUCUAGGAAGUAGCACUGGGAACAUUGAUAAAAAACGUGGUGGAUUUUCCACACAGGAGCCAGGAGCCUGCUGCUGAAGCCUAAAGCUAAAUAAGCAGCAAUGACACAUUUGAGCCCUGGGGCCGCGCACAGAAGGGGGCCCCCAGGGGCCAAUAACGCACCUGUCCAGUUCAGGUUCUCACAGGUGUCCACGUCAGUGUCAGUGGAUCUGAAACAGCAGGCCGUGUGUUGGUGUUAAAAAUCAGCUUUUCACUA